AUGAAUUUCCAAGAAAUUGUUAAUAACCAGAGGGAAUAUUUUUUAAACAAAAAAUGUCAAAAUUUAUCUUCUAGAAAGGAAACAUUAAAAAAUUUAAAAAAUGCAGUUCUUUCUAAUGUUGAUAAUUUAACUGAAGCAGUUUAUAAAGAUCUUAGACGUCAUACUGAUAAUACCUAUAUUCUUGAAAUAGCAUCUGUCCUUCAAGAAAUUGACUAUUUUUUAAGUAACUUGGAUGAAUGGAGUAAAGAUGAACAUGUUCAAUUAACACAUAUGACGGCUUUAGAUACAGCAUUUAUUAAAAAACAACCAAAAGGUGUCGUAUUAAUAAUUGCACCAUGGAAUUAUCCUAUAUCUAUGGUAUUAUUACCUUUAAUUCCAUGUAUUGCUGCUGGUAAUACUGCUGUCAUAAAACCUUCUGAAAUGGCUCCAGCAACAUCAGAAGUAUUUUAUACCUUAUUUACAAAAUAUUUUUCAUCAAAUGAAAUUUAUGUUGUACAGGGUGGUAUUCCUGAGACAACAGAACUUCUUAAAUGUAAAUUUGAUCAUAUUUUUUAUACAGGAUGUCCACCUGUUGCAAAAAUUAUUAUGAAAGCUGCAGCUGAAAAUUUAACUCCUGUUACCUUGGAGCUUGGUGGUAAAUGUCCUGUAUUUGUUGAUAAAGAUGCAGAUAUAAAUAUUACUGGUAAAAGAGUUGCAUGGGGAAAAUGGUUAAAUUGUGGUCAAACAUGUUUAGCUCCAGAUUAUAUAUUAACAACAGAGGAUGUUAAACCAAAAUUGGUUGCUUCAUUAAAAAAUGCAUUAUUUGAAUUUUAUGGUGAAAAUGUACAAUUGUCUAAAGAUUAUAGUAGAAUUAUAAAUAAUAGACAUUGGAAUAGAAUAUCAAAUUUAUUAAAAAAUACCAAAGGUAAUAUUUUAGUUCAAGAAGGUACCCCUGAUGAAAAUGAUUUAUUUAUUCCACCAACUAUUAUUGAAGUAUCUAAAGAUGAUACAUUUAUGGAGGAUGAAAUUUUUGGUCCAAUAUUACCAAUUAUAACUGUUUCAAAUAUUGAUGAAGCAAUUGAAUACAUUAAAAAUGGAGAACGUCCAUUAGCAUCAUACAUUUUUACACGUUCAAAAACAUCUUGUGAACGUUUUUUAAAUGAUGUUAUUUCAGGAGGAUGUACAAUUAAUGACGUCAUCAUGCACCUUACAGUUGAUACUUUACCAUUUGGAGGUAUUGGAAAAAGUGGUAUGGGAAGAUAUCGUGGAAAAUUUGGUUUUGAUACAUUUACUCAUGGAAAAGCUGUUUUAAAAAAAGGUUUCUUCUUAGAAUCUUUAAUGAAAAUGAGAUAUCCACCAAUGAACAUAAAAAAAUUUAACAAUUUAAAAUAUCUCCAGAGUUUUCGUUUUCCAAUUCCCUUAUGUAUACCUUGGUUUUCAAUAAUUAGUGUCAUAGGAGCAUUCUUGGUUGGAUAUUUUGCAUCAAUGUUAUAA